CUGCCCUCCCGACUGGGUCUCGCAAGGCAGCAGCCGGCUGCUGGGGCCUAUGGUCCUGCUUUCCUACCGCUUGCACCGAGGCACCCAGACAGCAUCCUUUUCCACCCCUCACCCCGACGCCGGUCGCCCAGUGGAGACGGAAAUAAUCCACUCCGCAGGGAAGGGUCCGGGCCAUUACCAUCAAAGGGUGCGACUUUUUAAAAAAAAAAGUGUUUUUUUUUUUUUUUUUCCUUUUGGGGGUGGGAGGAAGAGCUUUAAAUAAGGCAAUUGCGUAAGAAUCCAAGGAGUUUCACCUGAAACCUCGCCUCUAGGAAGCACUGGCAAGGGAUAUCAGUUUCUAAUCUGCAAUCAAUUCAAAAGGUUAUAUCUUGAAUGACUGAAAGGGAGAGCGGAAAGUGAGAGUAUGUAGGCCUGGUCUGCAGGUUUGGGAAAAGUUCUCAUUAAUGCCACUUCCUUUCUUGGCAACGCUGAGUAUGUGUGGUAAAGAGACGCGGGUGCCCUUGGUCUGAACCAGGGUGCGUUUAUUUGGGACAAAGGAGAAUUGUAGGAAACAAAAGAAUAGGUUAACACUGCAAUUGACACUCAAGCUGCACCUGUGGAAAGCUUAGCCCGCAAUUUCUGUAAUUGCGACUUAUUUCCACAGCCCAAUGCACGUAACAAACUUUGGAUCGCCUUUCAUCCUCAUAACAUAUACCAAGCUGCAAACCUAGCACACGAAAGACAUCAAGUAAGCUCUGGGUGGACUAAACUGUGCUCGGACAAGCAUUGCACCCAGGGAGGAUGUGGGAGCAGGGGGGAAAGUUGCUUUAGUAUGAAAAUGAGAGAACACAGCCCCGAGAUAAUAUUUUAGGGCACUCUCCCUUUAACUUGCCUGUGGCCGUAAAAGCAGCAACAAUGCUAAAACGACUUCACAAUGCGAAUCAAACUACUGAGAGAAUAAAACUCCCCUUUCACAAUUCUGCCCUGGGCAAUCUCCUAGCAGUAGGGAGAGUGAAGCAAUGACAAGUCAUUCCCGCGCGAGUGCCUGCGGUUUUCAAACAAGUCCGCACUGGUUUUAGCAAUCCGAAUUUCCCUCAGUAACUCUCAAAACCUAAGAGCUCGUUUCCGCCUUGUGGCCAAUAAUAAAAGGGUUCCAGACACAGGGAAUGGCAACCUGCUCCAGUAUUCUUGCCUGGAGAAUCCCAGGCACAGAGGACCCUGGCGGGCUACAGUCCGUGGAGUCGCAGAGUCCGACACGACUGAGCGCUCAUUGGUUUGUCCAGACACGAGAGUCGCCCAUCUUCACCCUUUCUUAACUGUCGUUUUCUAAAGUCUGUAUUUACAAAACCCAUUACGCAAUUUCUAAUAAUUUGGAAGAGAUAAGAACAAUUGGAGCUAGGCGUCUUAGUUUAUAGGACAAUUAUAACACAGGUAUACAAUCUUCCUCCAAGAGGAAGGUUUCAUAAAUGAGCAUUUCUGGAAAGACAUAAACAAGCCUUUCCUAUAGUAAUAAAUGUGGCAUCUAAUCAAAAGUUUUUAAAAGGGAACUACUGCACGCAAUAAUUUCUUGUUUAAAGAAUUAUUUGUGCCGCCUGUGUCUAAUCGGUUUAACAAGUUUCAAAUGAAAGGGGACUGCUCCAUGCAAAUGAAGGAUGCUAGAUAUGCAUUCUUACUGGCUACCAAGUAAAAUGGACUCUACCAAUCAAAAGGUAGAAUCUGGAUUGCCGCUUUCGUAUAGCGGUUCACAUUUGGCUUUAAAAAAAAAUAAAAUCAGUCACUGGCAGUAGUAAGUUGUCUUCGUUUUGGUCCAUUAUCUAUUCACUGAGUUUAGUCCAUCGCCUGCUUCCCAUGGGGAAAUUCCUCUGAUCCGUUGUGGCUUCUCCCGCCGUUGUCUACCCGGCAUUGCACCAGGCUAAGUGUAUUCUAGACUUUAGAAAAUACUAGUUUCAGAAAGCUCCAAGUGUAAAGUCAGAGCAUAAGAAAAAAGUGCCUUAUUUCAGAAAAUACUUCUGGAAACGCUAGUGUGAUUUUUUUUUUUUUUUUUUUUUUACUGUUUUUGUGGUUACAUCUUGUAGGUUUCAAAGAAGUUCCUCGGUCAGUUUAAGCUUUACAGAGGGAUCUCUCUUUUUUUUGUAAAAUGGCUUUAGAAAUUUCUAACCCGAUAUCGGGUUACCGACCAGGGAAUGGAGAUCCCUCAAUUCCCACACCACUCAGGGGACUAAGAAAACCUACAUUACUACAAUAUCAAUGAAGUGAAUGUCUAUUUUUCCGAAAAGGUAACGCCCAAAGCAUUGCAUUUACAGAAAAAUCGUGUGUGGAAAAUAACAAAAGUUAAAAAAAAUGUUGAAAUGAGCCGUGGAUAGAAGGAAGCGGCCAAUGAAACUGCACGCUUUUUGGAAAGUUUAAAGCUAGACUAAUCAGAACCUGUAACGUAAUACUCAAACUUUUCUCCUGCCCAAUCACUACCCCUUAGGUACUAUAAAUAACAGCAAAACUGCUGGGCGGCUUAUUUGAGCUAGUAUAAGACAUAUCUGCUUCGUAGUUACUUGUUAUGGCCCGUACAAAGCAAACUGCCCGUAAAUCCACUGGCGGUAAAGCGCCACGCAAGCAGCUAGCUACCAAGGCGGCUCGCAAGAGCGCACCGGCCACCGGCGGUGUAAAAAAGCCUCACCGCUACCGUCCUGGCACGGUGGCCCUGCGCGAGAUCCGCCGCUACCAAAAGUCCACAGAGCUGCUUAUCCGUAAACUGCCAUUUCAACGCCUUGUGCGUGAGAUUGCCCAGGACUUCAAGACCGACUUGCGCUUUCAGAGUUCGGCGGUGAUGGCACUGCAGGAGGCAUGUGAAGCCUAUCUGGUGGGACUUUUCGAGGACACCAAUUUGUGCGCUAUUCACGCCAAGCGCGUUACCAUAAUGCCCAAGGACAUCCAGCUAGCCCGUCGGAUCCGCGGGGAGAGAGCAUAAAUUCCAGUCUGAGGUUUCAAGCAAAGGCUCUUUUCAGAGCCACCCACGUUUUCAAGUAAAACGGCUGUAAGACGAACCAA